CUCCUCCUCUUCAUCCUCCCACUGCCUCCCUGCCAGCCGGAGUCCCAGCGCAGCAUGCCCAGUGGCGACCCCGACCUGCGAAUGGUCUCACCCUCCAUGUUCCCCUCCUCCUUCGCGCCUUCCAUUUCUUAUGGCAACAGCACGGUGUCUAGCAAAAAAGAUAAGUGUGAGGAAGUGCCGGUGUGCAGACCCGGCAUCCUGCUGCCCGUCUGGGAGCCCAACCAGCCCAGGCUUGGCGAACAGGUGGCCAGAGCUGUGGUCUACUUUGUGUCACUCAUGUACAUGUUCCUGGGAGUUUCCAUCAUCGCUGACCGCUUCAUGGCUUCCAUAGAGGUCAUCACGUCACAGUUCUGGAACGAAACAGUUCCAACUCUGACACUCAUGGCUCUCGGCUCCAGCGCUCCGGAAAUACUACUGGUGUGUGGUCACAAGUUCGAGGCUGGUGAGUUGGGACCAGGAACCAUCGUCGGCAGCGCCGCCUUCAACAUGUUUGUGAUCCUCGGAAUCUGCGUGUCGACGAUCCCCCCUGGCGAAACCCGCAAGAUCAAACACCUCAGGGUGUUCUUCAUCACCGCCUUCUGGAGCAUCUUCGCCUACAUCUGGCUCUACCUCAUCCUGUCUGUCAUGUCACCGGGCAUCGUGGAGGUGUGGGAGGCCCUGGUGACCCUGCUGUACUUCCCAGUGUGUGUCAUCCUGGCUUGGAUUGCCGACCGCCGCCUGCUGUUCUACAAAUACAUGGGCAAGCGUUACCGUGCAGACAAGCGCCAUGGCAUCGUCGUGGAGACCGAGGGAGACUUGACACCCAACAAGGGCGGCAUGGAGAUGAUCAUAGACGGCAAGUUCCCAACACGAGCCGGCACCGUGGUCCCUGCUGAGAACUGUGGGGGCGGCACUCAGGAUGGUACAGCAGGCGCUGCGGCCAAUAACAUCGGUGCUGCAGGGGCCAUGGCAACAGGAGCCAGGGGAAACCUGCCCAACUCUAACAGCACGAUGGUCAACGUGGAGAGCAGCAAGGAGUUGGACGAGAGCCGCAAAGAGGUGAUUCGUAUCCUGAAGGAGCUGAAGCAGAAAUAUCCUGACAAAGACCUGGAUCAGCUGAUGGAGCUGGCUAACUACUACGCACUGCUGCACCAACAGAAGAGCAGAGCCUUCUACCGCAUCCAGGCGACUCGUAUGAUGAUCGGAGCUGGAAACGUCCUGAAGAAGCACGCAGCCGACCACGCUCGCCGUGCAGUCGUAGUCGACGAGGAAGCACCGGAGGAUGAAGACCUGGGGAUAUGCAGCCGCAUCUCAUUUGAAAGCGCCCACAGUCAGUGCAUGGAGAACUGUGGCAUUCUGACGCUGGCUGUGGUCUGCCAAGGGGGUCUGGGAGAGAACACCUUCUAUGUGGACUACAGGACAGAGGACGGUUCAGCCAACGCUGGGUCGGAUUACGAGUACAGCGAAGGAACUCUGGUAUUCAAACCUGGAGAGACUCGCAGAGAGAUCAAGGUCGGUAUAAUCGACGACGACAUAUUCGAAGAGGAUGAGCACUUCUUUGUGCGCCUGCUGAAUCUGCGUGUUGGCGACGCAGAGGGGAUGUUUGAGAGCGAUGAAGUGGGUGCGGCCCCCAAAGCUCGCUUGGUUGAGCCCCUGGUUGCCACAGUGACCAUCCUGGAUGAUGACCACGCUGGCAUCUUCACAUUCAGCGAUCGCAUGGUGCGGGUGAGCGAGAGCGUGGGCACCAUGGAGAUCACAGUGGUGCGCAACUCAGGCGCCCGUGGCACUGUCAUUCUGCCGUACCACACCGAGUCAGGCACCGCCAAGGUUGGAGACGACUACGAGGACGCCCGAGGAGAGCUGGAGUUCAUCAACGACCAGACUACUCCAACUUUAAAGGUUAGAAUAAUUGAUGAUGAAGAAUAUGAAAAACAUGAAAACUUCUUCAUCGUAUUGGAGGAGCCACGCUGGCUAAAGAGAGGAAUCUCGGCUUUGCUGCUCAACCAAGAGGGGGCAGAGGGGCAGAUGAGCUCUGAGGAGGAGGAGGCCCGGAGGAUAGCUGAGAUGGGGAAGCCCAUCCUGGGAGAGCACAGCCGCCUGGAGGUGGUCAUCGAGGAGUCCUAUGAGUUCAAGAGCACCGUUGACAAGCUCAUUAAGAAGACCAAUUUGGCGCUGGUGAUCGGCACGCACUCCUGGAGGGAACAGUUUGUGGAGGCGGUCACUGUCAGUGCAGGCGACGGCGAUGAUGAUGAGGAAGGCCGUGAGGAGCGCCUUCCAUCUUGUUACGACUACGUCAUGCAUUUCCUCACCGUCUUCUGGAAGGUUCUGUUUGCCUGCGUCCCGCCUACAGAGUACUGGAACGGCUGGGCCUGCUUCUUAGUCUCCAUCAGCGUCAUCGGCCUCCUCACCGCCGUCAUCGGAGACUUGGCGUCACACUUCGGCUGCACCGUGGGGCUCCGGGACACUGUGACCGCUGUGGUGUUUGUGGCAUUGGGAACUUCUAUUCCAGACACCUUUGCUAGCAAAGUGGCCGCCAUGCAGGACCAGCACGCUGAUGCGUGCAUUGGUAACGUCACCGGUAGCAAUGCCGUUAACGUGUUCCUGGGGAUCGGCGUGGCGUGGUCAGUGGCUGCAAUCUACUGGAGAAUCAAAGGACAGGAGUUCAGGGUUGACCCAGGGUCGCUGGCCUUCUCCGUCACACUCUUCACCAUCUUUGCUUUCAUCUGCAUGGGGGUGCUACUGUUCAGACGCCGACCCUCCAUCGGCGGAGAGCUCGGCGGCCCAAGGGUGGCACGCAUCCUGACCAGUCUGCUGUUCCUGGGUCUGUGGUUCCUGUACAUCCUCUUCUCCAGCCUGGAGGCCUACUGCCACAUCCCCGGCUUUUAAAAAGGAGAUGAAGAAAGUUCUGGAAGAACAUUGCACAGCAACACAUACAUAUACUUUAACACUAUACAGUCCACAGUUUGACAUGAAACAAGUAUAAGAUUCUUCUGUUUAAUAGGACUCACUGCAGCCUGGAGGUGUCCUGGUCUUUGAUGCAAGGAUACUGAAAUACUUCAGAUACAUGUUCACACACACACACACACACACUUUAUGUACGCAUGUGUAAACAGGUCAUAACAAACACGCACACACAGUUACAGGCAUGAUAAAGGGCGAAAGGAAGUGUUUGAAGGGAGAGAAAUGUGAAUACAAAAGGUUGCUGCAGCAAGCAGAGAGAAGAUGGAGAGAAAAAAGGAAGUGAAGUUGUCAUUCUAGAGGUGAGAAGAGGGUCAGGUCAGCCGCUGGAGGGCUGCUUCAUUCUGGGGCAUGGAAGGUUUCUUUUAAAGUCAGGUGGGUAUAGGUUGGGUUGGAGAAGCUGUCUGGUAGGAUCAGACGACGAGGAUGGGACAGAAACGUGUGCACACCGGACAGAAUAUAUUCAUGUGAGUUGCACUGAAGGAACAACGUCUUUGUUUGUUUGUCCCUCCCACCUCUCGUCUGUAUCACCAACUUUACUGGUACAGCUUCAUGUGUCUUCACUGACGAGGUGGAGCGCUGUGUGAAAAAAUGAGUGGAAUGUUUACAAUAACAAUAACAUUAACGUUUGUUUACUACAGGAAGUUCUCAUAAAGUGGUGAUUCUUGUCUAACACUGUAUAGAAGGCGGUUCUCCACACGCGCUGUAAAUAGUAAAAACCGGUGUAUAUAGACAGUAGUGUUUUCAGUAGAAAGACAGUGAUGCCUGCAACUGAAAAAGUCAGAGAGGGCGCGAAAAAAUAUUCCCUCAGAUUGUGUGGCUACUAUUCGGUACAGAAAGUCAAAUUACAGCAAAAACAGUCUGUCUUCUGCCCGAAAAGUUUCAAUGGUUUUAAAAUUCAUGCACAGGCUGGAGUGUCACUGAUCCCAAACAUUAGAUAAUACAGUUUAAUAAGAGUGGAAUUAAUGAUGAUUUUGGCAACAGAGAUUAAAGUCUUACCUAGCCAAACAAAUGGAAGCUGCACUGGUGAAAUGAAAGUGGCAAAAAGUUUUUAAAGAUCCAUAACUCCCCAGCAUCCUACGUUCCAAUCAGAUGUGUCUUUAUUGGAUGGUUUCCAUGGUAACCACAGCCCCUCUGACAAAGGUUUGUAUAUCAAACGGAGGCAUUAUUUUCUGCAUGUAUAGCCAGAUAUGGAGCAUCUUCACAUAAAUCACAUAUAUACUAUGUAAAAGAGAAAUCCUGUAAAUUAAAUCCCUGCAUUCGUGCGUCUGCUCAGUGAACUCAUCUGGUUCUUGAUAUUAAAUCGUCCUGUUUAAAUCUGUGUGUGUGUAGGCAGACAGGAAGAAGGAGAGGUGUUUGGUCCAGUGGAUAAUCUGGGAGGAACCAAAAAAAAAACAUUUUCCUCCUCAGAGGGACCAAAUAUGUGCUCACACUCAAAACACACGUGGGAACUUUGUUCGAUUCUUGUUGCUCCAUCCAGACGGACUGAGAUCUGAGUGCAGACACUAAACUGCAGUCCGUCAUCACUGGUUCAUUGUGGGUAGUGACAGACUAAUCCAUUAGUGUGGCAUGUAUCCUAACAGACUAAUCCAUUACCGUUAGUGACAGCAGCAUGGUCAGACAAACAUGCAUGGAUGGUCGAACAAGACUUAACAGUGUUAGUUUACUUUCAAGAGUGAAAUACAGAGUAAAUUACAGUGAAAUCAUUAAAAACAGAUUCCACUCACCAACAUUCAAUCUGAAGCAUGUUGAUUAGGAUGCAUGAUCCUAAACUGCACAUAAAUUGGUAUGUAGGUUGCUAGUCUACAUCACACCGAUGCUUCAGAUAGCACACAUACAAUGCCUUAAGGAAAACUCUCGAUUAAAAACCUAGUAUUCAAGCUUCAGCUGUACAAACUGUCCAGGCUGCACUUUAUUUGGUGUAACGAAAACAUACUGUGUUGUGUUUUUAUUUUUUCCUUAGUUGACAAACUAUUAGUGUGCAAUACAUGAAAGGCGAGUCACUGAAGGAAAACUAUGAACUGUCUGAAGUUCAAAUGUAACACUGGAUCCAGCUGAAACCACCAUUCAUCUGUGCUUAGAGCACAACAGAAGUACCAGAUAUGCUAAAAAUGACUUCCCAUUUUAAUGGAAAGUCUGCACAUUGUUUAACAGAGCUAACUAAGGUCUAUCGUCCACUGUUCUCCAGACUUUGUUUACAGUCUGUAGGUCAACAGCAGACAGGACCACAGAGAAGCUGUAGGAGCAUUAUAGGUCUAAAUCAGACAGUUUGUGUAAUCAUAGUACCAUAGCAUAGGAAAACACAUUAGAAAACACUGCCCUUUAAGGCAUGUAUGUGUUGCUCAGUAUUGCAUGGCAGAGUUGGAACAUACAGUACAAUGUUCACAAGCUAACGAAACAACUGGCUGCUAAACAGACAGUGAAAAUCAACUAGAAUGCACAACUAGAGAGCUUCAAACCAGUGACGCACACUGAGCUGUAUGCAGACACCCUCUGAUUUGCUGUGACAUUUACACACAGACAUUUCUUCCUUCCAACAUUGAGAUGCAUGAAGCUAAAAAGUCAGUGCUGAAAAUAAUGUCAUAACAAAUGCAGAGAGCCGUGUGCGACAUUAUAGUAUGAUAAUUAAGUUAACUAUUAGCUUAGAGUAGAAGCUUAAAGAAUCCGUCAUCCUUUUUCUACCCGAGGAAGAAUUUAUCAUGUUGAGACACCGCAGUCGACGUUAUUAUUGCUGCAAUAUUCACUGCCUAAUAUGAGUCGCAUUAAAUAUAUUUCUGUGAGGACGUCGUACUUUGUGCUGCAGGUGUGUUACAAACACUUCACCCACAAAUGAUAAUAAGUGCUAUACAAGUGGAAUUUGCUAUUAUACAUGAUAAUAUCAGAAGGAAUCGAUUAGUUUACCCUUAACUAACUAUACUUUGUAAACUUUCUAAAACCAAUUUUGUAUCUUUUCCUUGCAGAUAUAGCCUAGAUUUUUUUGUACUUCUACACAAUGUUUAGAAUAGUAUUAAUAUAUACAGUUGGUAGUGUAGAUUACAUCGUUACUGAAUUUAGUGGAUUAGAUUUUGAUAUAUUUCCACAGUGAGGAAGCUCCCCUUUAAACGACUCAAACAAUGUAGUGUAUCCUAACCAGACAUCCCAAAUAAUUUACUGAAGUUCCUUGUCUGCUGACUUGUUUGUGUCUAUGUUACUUAUGUAUAUUUCUUCUCAUAAGAUAAUUUAUUUAGAUAUUUAUUUAUUUACAAGAAGAUUAUUUAUCUAUGGAUAAGCUGUGCCGCAGGACCUUGAGGCGAGCAGUUUAGUUCAAGGAGCGUGGUUUCUAUGUGCAAUACAGAAUAAAAUUAAAACACAUCUUAGUUUGUUAGUAGGUUUGACAAGAGGUCUUUUACUGCUGCAGUGUUCGUGUAACCCUCUGCCAACGUACAUUUCUUCAUUCAGUUCCCUUGAAGGAGGAGUUUUUGAGUGUAAGUAGCAUGUUUACAUGAAGAAACAGUGUGGAACAUUGCCAGUGUAAUUGUCAGUCUCGGGUUGUCGUGAGCUAAAGAGGGACUCUGUAGAUAUUAGUGGUGGCCGUGAGGCAGGUCAGUGGUGUGUGAGGUUGUAACAGUAGUUUCACUGUAGUCAACUCACUAAACCACAAGGUGGGACCAAGAUUGCAUAUCACACACCCACACACACACCCAGAACUGCUGAACUCUUGUGUAAUCGAUGACUGGGUACGAAAUGAUCACCACCAGCGGGUACAGAAUGGAUCAGCUCAGAUGAUGUGCCCAGCGUUGUCCCAGCAGACGUGACCCAGGUGUGGCUCAGCACCCAAAAGCAGAACUGUCUACAAUGUUCGGACAAUGUUCCAUGUUUCCAUGAACUUCUGUACUAACUGUCAGGCUUCGGCCUUUGCUGUUCUGUAGCUAGAUGUGAUGCCUCCCCAUCCAGCCUCUCCUCCUCACCCGCGCCUCCCCAGUGUGUGUCUGUGUUUGCUUCCCCUCCGUGUUCCUCUGCAGAUGCAUGAUGAGUCCCAGUGUACAUGUGUUAGCAGCAUGGUCUACUGUGAUGGACGCCUAUCGGCGCAUUUUAUCGGGUUGAUUCCCCACAGUUCGAAUCCCAAACACCAGAAGCUCUUUGUGAAAUAAAAUAAGCAAGUGGCACACACAGACACAACCACGACUCCGUACAGAUAUACUGAAGAAACACACACACACAGACACACACACACACACACACAGCAUUUAUGGAUUCAGUGUCUACUGCUUAUUUGUUUUGUUACCUUUAGAAGCUGUGAAAAGAGAGUGUGCUCUGUUGUUUCCGCAACGAGCAACAUCCCAGGUCAUCCUUUUGUUUGUUGGUGUACAAUAUUUCUGUGUCUGUGUAAGUGUUCCCCCUCUUCUUCUUCUCCUUCUUCUUCCUCUCUUCCUUCUUCUUACUCCUCUUCUCCUCCUCCCAUUUACUCCUUCCCCGGUCUUGCUCUUCAAUGUGUCUCUGUGAAGUUUUUUCCUGUGAUGAAAAUUUCUCUCUCUGCCUGAACCUUUGUAGGGAAAUAAUGACUGAGUUACUACAAUAUCUUGUGAUAGAAAUAUACAUUUAUUCAAUACUGUAAUACAUUAUUAACUGAAGAUGAUAUUUAAGUUUUUUUAUGAAAUGAAGAAAAGAAAAUUCUUAGAAAAAAAUGGCAACCUGUUUUUAAAAAAACGGCAUGAGGUGUAAUGUGUUACCGAAAGAAAAUGAAGGUCUUUAAUCAAGUGAAGUUGACCUUAUUGGAAUAUAGUUCAUUUAUUUUCAAGGCGUAAUGUGUCUGAGUCAUUAUUUCUGCUCUAAAUGAGAAUACAUCAGUCAAACACAACAUGGACGGAGUAUGAGGGAACAGACCAAGAGACAUUUAACAGGUUACUCUCUAAAGUUCUGUUUAAAAUGGCUGUUGGCUGACUGCACUGUGCAGGAAAAAAUAAACUUUUCAAAAAUACAAUGAAUGCACUGGACUUUGUAAGAGCAGGAUAAAAAAAAAAAGAUUAGGACUUCCUACUUCUGACCUUCUGAACUUAGGACCCCUAACCUGUGCCCAUUGAGUAAUCCAUCUAUUAAACACAUAACCACAUACACACAUCAGGAUCAAAACACACAAGAACGUGCUUUAAAUUGAUCCCAAUACAUAUAUACAUACAUACAUAUUUAUUAUUCUGUGAUACUUUGAAAUAAAUCAGUUGGUCAAUAGACAGAACAUUUAUUGGCAACCGUUUUAAUAAUAAUGGAUUUUCAUUUAUCAAGCCAAAACAUUCUUUGGUUUCAGCUUCUCUCAAAUGCGAUGUGCUGCUUUCUGCCACAGACUCCCACAGAUGACCAUACAUCCUUCCAGCUCAGGAAUAGAGCAAAACCACAUCAGGCACAAUAACAGGAUAAAGAUUUAUACAUAUAAUUACUGACAAACUGUAACAGACUGGUUUUGGUUUGUGAGGGAAAAGCCAUGCACAGGUAAAAAGCUUUGGUGUAGAGAUGCAGAGAGGUGCAGUAAAGCAAAGUAAAGCUGGUCGGUGGACACUUCACACGCCACACACACUACACACACUCUUCUCAACACUCAACACACACACACACAUACACACAGAGUGCAGCAACAGCUCUGAUCACUGUUGCUCAUGGCAUGUAGAAAAGUUAAAUGUGAUGGUCUGUACUUCAUUAUGAGGUUGAUGUAUCCCUAUAAGCACACAUAAUAGACAGAGUUUGUCAUGUUGAAUAUUGAGCUGCUUUGAGCAACUGUGUGUGUCCAGCUCAGCUAACCAUUAUACUUAAUGGAAACAUCACUUAAAACAUGCUUUAAAGGUUGCAAAAACAUGAGAAACAAUGAGAAAUGAGAAUAUGUUUGCUGGGUACUUUCAUAAUACAGUGAUUAAAUUCACACAGUCACAGAUUAAUUCAUCUUGAAACGGUCUUUUUGAUUAUUUUGUGGUUGUCACAUUUACAAACAAUAACUUCACAUUGUUUAGUGGGAAAAAUACAGGUACAUAUUCAUACUUAAGAUCUAUACAUAAUGUACAUUUUGUUUUCAAACUGGAGUUGUGUGUUGUGUAAUGCAUUCCA